AUGUCGUCGUCUCUUCUCGGACCGAACAAGACACAACAAAACUUUGUAGAUCCUUCCUCUAUCGUUGUAUCGGAGAAUGAAAGUGAACUUGAUAAGGCCAUCAAAGAGGAAGUAAUUUUGUGGUUCAAUUCGUUCAAAUCUCUGAAAACAAAUGCUACCAGAAGUGCUGUAGAGAGAAGUCAUCUCACUUCCGUUCUCAAAUUACCACGAGCUGAGCUCAUGAAAGUUAUGGUAAAUCUAAAUUUGGUCGAAUUAAACACUCAGGACAAGAUGAUCAUGUUUGAUCUUAAUGAUUCGAUAUUUACAAUUAUUUAUCCUGAAACGUACAAGCCAGCAGAAGGAGAGGGAUUGAUGGUUACGUCAGGUGACCCCAUACUGGAGAAAGUAGUUGCAAAAGCUAAUCGGUUCAUUCAAAGAGACCACGCAAGCAUGGGAUCACCAAGUAUUGCAAUCAGCGUAUUGCUUUCAAAAAUUGUUGAAAUAUUUGUUUCAAAAUCAUUCGAAACAUUGACUCCUGGUGUUUUAAAUGCCACAGACGAUUUAUUUAGCAAGAAAUUACAAGAAUUGAACAAUAAUCAAGAUGACAUAGAAGAAGACGAAGAUGAUGGCAUUAUUCAAACACCAACACCUCAAAAAGUUCACAUUGGAGAACAAAAGAAUAUUUUCGAUAUGCAUUUCGAGAAGGAUUUGAGUGAAUUAAUUGAAAAACUUCAAAACAUUAGCCAAGAUGACGACUUUGAAAUGUUUAGAAAUGCUUGGGGUACCUUGACCUCACAAUACAUUGAGUACUCUUUAACUGCCAAGAAACGUAUUUUAACUGAAUUGAAAUUAAUUAAUCCUGUCAACGGUAGAAAUGGAUGGAGAGUUGAUUUGGUUGACGGAAAUAUUUAUGUUUGGACUGUCUCACUAUUCAACUUUCCUACCACUUCAUCGAUUGCUUCUGGAUUGAAAAGCUUUAGAGAAAAAUAUCAAUUUGGCUCUGAUGAAGUUGUUCUCGAAAUUAGAUUUGGGAACUAUCCUGAUGAACCUCCUCAUUUACGAAUAGUUUCACCUAGAAUCCAAUAUUUGACAGGGUUAGUGAGAUUUGAUGGAACUAUUUGUCCCGAGUUUAUGACAAAGGCAAACUGGAACGAAAACAAAUUUUUGACCAUUGAAUCUAUAAUUUCAAAAGUCAAAAAUAUUCUUAUUGACCAUGACGCAAAGGUAGAUCUUCGAACAUUUAAGAGUUAUGAUGUUAAAAAUGCAUUGAAUAGCUAUGUGAGACAAAUGAGAGUUCUUUCAAUUCCAUCUAGCAACAAGUUCAAAGAGAAAUAUUUUAUCUUUUCUUCUGCUUUCAGUAAACGAUGCUUUGAUGUCUCUGUCAACUUGAAAGCAUUGGAAAAAGGUAAUAAGGUUCUUUUACCAAGCGAAGCUGCUUCCAAGAUUUUUGAAGAUCCAAAUGUUGAGCUACCGUUAAUUUUUGAAAUAGAGACAAGACAUAGCCAAAAGAUAUAUUGUGGUGUGAAUGAAUUUUCGGCUCCCACUGGACAGAUUAUCGUACCAGAAUGGAUGUUCAAUUCUUUAUUCAUUACCGAAGGGUCUAAAGUUUUAGUACGAUGUGUCUCACUUCCUCCAGCUUCUAGUCUCAAAAUUCAACCACACAGUAAGGAUUUCUACAAUAUUAAGAAUUACAAGGAGGUGCUGGAAAAUACUUUGUCUCAAUAUAGUUGUGUCACUGAAGGACAGUCUUUGCAAGUAUAUGAUGAUGACAAUAAUGUGCAUAUGAUUGAAAUUAUUGAAACUCAACCACAGCCUGCUGUUAGUGUUUUGUCAAACGGAGGCUUUUUGGAGGUUGAAAUAGAUUUUGUUCCUGCUAUUGACUUGGAUGACCCUCAAGAGCUCGCUCAAAUGCAAGAAAAGGAACGAGAGAACAGAAUUCAGAAACAUGAGAAAUUAAAGCAAGACGUGAUUAAGCAAACUCUCAAAGAAAGACAAACAAAGAAAGAAUUUGUAAAGAACGUUUUAUCGAAUACUGCCAACGAUAAGACUGUGCUAGUCAAAUUCAAGUUCCCAGAUUCCUCUUCAUGUAGUCAAAAAUUCCCAGUCACUGCCUCAUGUCUUGCAUUGUAUCAGUAUAUCGAAUGCCUUGAUGAAACAGGUGUAUGGAAACCCUUACCAUAUUCGACCAGCAAAGAGUUGUCAUUAUCUACCACGUUCCCUAAAAUUGAUAUUCCAUGCAAUGAGAAAAUCUCGCUACAGAGUUCUGGUAUCGUUGGGCAAGCAACUGUUGUCAUUUCUGAGACUGACCUAUUUCCGAAUAGUUCUGAAUGUUAA